AACUAUGCUACAGGAACUCCACCAUAUCAUAUAAUACAAAUGUCAAACGAGGGCAAGGGCCAACCGUUGCUUGCGAACUUCAGCGCUCAAGCCAAGAAAAUGGCGGCCCUGCCAUCUAACGAGAGGCUGAUGCAGCAAGCUAGUGCAUUUAUCGCCUCUUAUAUGCCGUCCAAGCCGGGGCACGCCGCGUGGCUCUCCUCGGUGCUGACCGCCUCGCCGCACACGCCCGCACCAGCCAGGCACGAGAAUUAUCCGAGCGGAGACGUCCUGCCGAGUGAGACUUCGGCCGACCGCACGCCGACCUGCAAACCUGGUGGAGCACGUGUGCAUGUCGUUUUCGGCUGCCUCUGGCCAAGGCCGGCUGCGCUUGGAUACGGACAUUGGGGCCACCACUGCGGCGGUGUGCUCAGCGGAGACAAGCGUGGCGCUGACGCCAGGCCUGUGGUUUUCAGCCAUGCUGGGUACGUCUCAGGAUGCAGAUGCAUUAGGCUGGGGUGCUGCAGUGCACAUACAGCCGUGGCGGACAGCGGUGCUACAUGCAAGGCUGAUGAACGACACCAGUGGAGGGCAGAACCUUCGCCUACAGUCAUUUGCGCUUCUUCCGUGGCGGCUAAGGGCGGUGGCUCAACUCGACAUGCGUCAGGAGCAAGGCCAGCCCGACGUGACAACUGAAGUGGGUUGCAGGCUUGAGCUCUGGGGCUGGGGC